AUACGCGCAACGGAGUCGAAUUUGCGCUACGUAGCGAUACAAUUAAGCCGACACGCGAUCUGUUAAUCAUAAUGGUAAAUGAACACAUCGUGUAUUUAGCUUAAUAACCUCGGAAAUGCUGCGUUUGUACGAUGUAAAGAUGUAAAGGAUCAUUGGCACUGGUUUACUGGAGCUGCUGUUGAAACUGUGUAUCCGCAGUGAACAUCACUUCGUCCUGGCUCACCUUUUCCACAGGUGGAGCAUGAGUGUGUGGUCGGAGAUCUGCUGCGAUGCGUGCUAUUGGGUGUAGGAUGAACCUGCCGGCUGUGCUGAAUGGCCUGCUGGUGUCAGUGGUGGCAGCCUUGCUUUGGAAAUACAUUCGGCUGAUUGAACACACAUCACAGUUGGAAGAGGAGCUACAUCUUACACGACAAUCACAGGAGUUCUCACAGGCCCAUAUCGACUACCACGGUGCCCUGUUAACACUCCAAGAGCAUGGCACCAGAAUGGUCUGCACUGGCAAGAUGCACACCGAUCGCAUCUGCCGCUUUGACUACCUCUGCUACUGCACAGAGGCUGAGGAGUUUGUAUUCUUCCACAGUAAUGCCUCUGUGAUGCUGCCCAACCUUGGCCCUCGGCGUUUCCAGCCUGCCUUGCUGGACCUCUCGUCUGUAGAAGACCACAACACUCAAUACUUUAACUUUCUAGAGCUUCCGGCAGCGGCUCUGAAGUUCAUGCCGAAACCUGUGUUUGUGCCAGAUGUCACUCUAAUUCUGAACCGGUUUAACCCAGACAACCUCAUGCACAUUUUCCAUGAUGAUCUUUUGCCCAUCUACUACACCAUGCAGCAGUAUUCAGACUUGGAUGAUGAAGCCAGGCUCAUCUUCAUGGAGGGUUGGAGUGAAGGGGCUCACUUCGAUCUCUACCGCUUGCUCAGCAGUAAGCAACCACUUCUCAAGGAGCAGUUGAAGACCUUUGGCAAACUCAUGUGCUUCACCAAGUCCUACGUGGGACUGUCAAAGAUGACAACAUGGUACCAAUAUGGCUUUGUGCAACCGCAAGGACCCAAAGCCAACAUUUUGAUUUCAGGUAACGAGAUCCGUCAGUUUGCUUCAUUUUUGAUGGAACGGCUUAACAUCACGCAAGAGGAGGGCGACGACUACAUUGUAGUUUUUAAGCGUACCACUAACAGGCUCAUUCUCAACGAGGCGGAACUUCUUCUGGCUUUAGCCCAAGAGUUUCAGAUGAGGACUGUCACUGUGUCUUUGGAGGAGCAUUCGUUUGAUAGCAUUAUCCAAAUUAUUAGUGGUGCGACUAUGUUGGUUAGCAUGCACGGAGCCCAGAUGAUCACCUCCAUGUUCUUGCCCCGUGGUGCUGCUGCGGUUGAACUCUUCCCUUAUGCUAUAAACCCAGAGCAGUACACUCCCUACAAAACCUUGGCCUCCUUACCUGGCAUGGACCUUCAGUAUGUUGCAUGGAGAAAUACAAUUGAAGAGAACACCGUUACAUAUCCUGAUCGCCCCUGGGAUCAGGGUGGCAUAGUCCACCUUGAGAAGGAGGAACAAGAACGUAUCCUUGCCAGCAAGGAGGUGCCAAGACAUCUUUGUUGUCGUAAUCCAGAGUGGCUUUUUCGCAUUUACCAGGACACUACUGUGGACAUCGCCUCUUUUCUGGAUGUGCUCAGAGAAACUCUAAAAAAGCCUAAUCUGAAAAAAGUCAAGGUGGCUAGCACUGUACAUCCUGGUCGAGUCAGAGAGCCCAAGUGUCAGACGUCAGUACAGGCCACCAAUGAAGCAAAGCUUUCAGUGUCAUGGCAGAUCCCUUGGAAUCUGAAGUACCUGAAGGUUAAAGAGGUGAAAUAUGAGGUGUGGAUCCAGGAGCAGGGAGAAAACACAUAUAUGCCUUACAUUCUACCCCAUCAGAACUACACCUUCUCGGAAAACAUCAAACCCUUUACCACAUAUUUAGUAUGGGAGGACAAUGCCAGUUUCUGUUUUUUUAGAUGCUUUUGUGCAGACUCUUAACAUGUCUCAUCUGAUUUUCUGCAAAGACAAGGUGUGCUUUGCUGGCUUAUGGAUUAUUGAGAAGAUGGAAACGUACUUUAUCUCUGCCAAUUAUUUAUUGAAGACAACUCUGGAACACUAUACAUACUGUACCCCUGAUUUGUUAAAAGUUGCACUGUUUAAAUUUUUUUUCUACUGCUGUGAUCAAUGAAUGGAACAUAAGAAAGUCAACAAUCAACCACAAGCUUUGUUUAAAUGUUUUGUGCUGAAUGGCCUGUCAAGUCAUCUGUAUUUUUUUCCUUCGGUGAGGUUUUAUUCUGUCCUUCACUAUGAGGACAUUCUGAAUUACAUGGAAAUGGAUAUAAAUGAUGCUAAAAACAACCAAGAACAUUUCUAAUUGAAAUUUGGAAACGGCAAACCAUGCAGCCAUACAGUUUAUUUGCAUAACCCUGUGUUUCGAUGGUAAUUUUAUUCAAGUAUGAGGAUAAUAAAUGAAUUCUGUUUGUAAUACAAAAUAGCAGAAAUGUCCUUUGCAUAUAAUCAGAGAGAAAACCUAGCAUGGAAAUCUUUAACUAUCUUGCCUCCACUCUGAGUUGAGAAACAGAUGUUCGUGGUUUCUCAUUCUCUCAUUUUAUUAAUUAGAUGAUAGUUUUCAACACAGAAACAGAUAUAUAUAGAUAUAGAUAGAAUUGCAGGCUUGGGUCCUGCAAACCGGUCCGUUCCCUGUGCCAGUUCAUGAGAUUUACCAUUA